UCUUUGCACCAUCACAUGUAUUUUGGUGCGGAUUUGAAGACCUCUUUCAAUAUUUUGUGCUUACUAGCUUUCAUCUGUGCACUGCAGUUCAAGGGACAUCCUUAUGCGAGUGUAGCACAAAAUUUCUCCCCUGAGCUAACUCUGUUGGAAAAGGUUAUGACACCAAACCCUGAAUGUGCGAGGGUGGAAACAUCAAUCCUUGAUGCACUUCAUACAAUGCAUGAUGGGAAGUUUUUACAUCUUCCUGUUCUAGAGAAAGAUGGAACUGUUGCUGCUUGUCUAGAUGUUCUGCAUAUCACUCAUGCAGCAAUUUAUGAUCUUUUGAAGGUUGAAAGUAGCCCUGGAGCUGUUAAUGGCAUGGCAAACACAUUGAUGCAAAAAUUCUGGGAUUCCGCCCUUUCUUUGCAGCCACCAGAUGAUUAUGACACACAGAGUGAAAUAUCGGCAAUCAUGACAUCAGAGGGGGCAGAUGCCGGAAAGCUAUUAUCCUAUCCUUCCCUAGGCCUUGGAAACUCGUUUUGUUUCAAAUUUGAGGAUCCUAAGGGUCGUGUACAUCGGUUCAGUUUUGGUUAUGAGAAUUUAGACGAGCUUUUAUCAACUAUAACGCAAAGAAUUCGUUCCAGUAAUGAUCAUAGUCAUCCUCAGCUUUUGUAUGAAGAUGAUGAAGGUGAUAAGGUUUUACUCACCACUGAUGGUGAUCUUAUUGCUGCCGUUAACCAUACGAGAUCGCGGGGGCUAAAGGUUUUACGAUUGUAUCUGGAUUUUUCUGAUUCCGCUCAGCUGAUAACAUCAGAAUCAACUGUAGCCACCCAGGGAACUGGAGGGGUGUCUUUUAACGCAGGUCUAUUGGCGGGUGCCAUUAUCUUAACCAGCAUCGGAGUGCUUGUGUACUUAAAGCGUACAAAACCAUGAGGUUGUGCUGAUUUAUAAUUAGGGAGGGAAACAUUGGAUUUUCCAGAGUAAAUCAUCUUUUAAUCACCGAUUAAGCUGAAGGGGGUUUUUUGUUU